GGAUCCAUUCAUUCCUGUAGAGAUUAGAAACAAGGACAUUAUUGUCCUGCUUGCUCAAAAGCCUCAGGAGAGCAGACAGAGCAAGUCUAAAGGUUUUGGAGUUGAAAGGAACCUGCCUCCUCCUGGCCCUGUGACCUGGAGAUUCACAGAAGUACAGAAGCAGCACAACGGAGCUGAAAGAAACUAUACUUCUCUUUUGAAAGCAUAUUCCCACACUGCAAAUUAUUCUGAAAAAAGAAGCAAGUUGCACAUACUGUCAAAUGAAACAUGCAUUUCCAAAUACUACUAGGAUGACUGAACACAUCCUUGUAUGUAAGAAGUGUCCUGCAGACAUUAAAAAGUCCUUCGUGUUUAAGUGAGAAGGUAGAUCACAACGAUGAAAGUGCAAGAAGCUCUUUCCAACGUUCUUGAUCCAGAAGUCCUCCUACUGCUACUUCUUCUAUAACAUCAGCAUCACAAAGGGUUGCCCAAUGAACAUCCUCAAGUAACCAAAUAUUGCAACUAGCUGUAUACAGAAUACUCUCAAUAGCUUCAUUUGUAGACAAGAUGACACCUAAGGAUCAGGAAAAAAUUGACCAAGCUCUUGCAAGAGCAAUAUAUUCUUCUGGGACACCACUGUCAAUAAAUGAAAAUGCAUACUGGCAGGAAGCUUUUACAUUACUAAGACCAUCAUACCAUUUGCCCAGCAGACAUUCUUUGAGCAAGCCUCUUUUAGAGUCAGAAUAUGAACGUAUAAUGCAAUAUGUGCAAGGAAAAAUCAACAAAGCACUGUGUCUUGCAGUACUUACAGAUGGAUGGACAAAUGUGCAGGGAGAAGGAAUCAUAAAAUUUGUGGUGAUACCACCUCAAACAGUUUUUUACAGAAGCAUUGAAACAGGAGAGAACAGGCAUACUGCAGAGUAUAUCAGUAGUAAAAUAUGUGAAGUCCUACAGAAGAUUGGUAGUGGUAAAGUAUUUGCUUUGCUGACUGACAAUGAAAGUAACAUGAAAGCAGCAUGGGAGAUCAUAAUCGAUAAAUAUCCACAUAUUACUGCAAUAGGAUGUGCAUCCCAUGGGCUAAACUUGCUUCUUAAUGACAUCAUGAAGUUGGACACUCCGCAAAAGAUCUAUAGAAGAGCAAAGGAAGUUACAAAACAUGUAAAAGCUACUCAUGUUGUAGCUGCAGUCUUUAAGAAGAAGCACGAAGCAAAGAAUGUAAAGAAUAAAAUAGUGACACAAACUCUGGAGUAAAACUAGAUGGGGUGGAGUGGUGAGCUUAUUUGAAAGUUUACUGAAAAAGAAAGAAGCUCUUCAAGAAAGAGUAAUAAUUGAGGAUCUUAAAGUACUCAGAAGUGUAAGGAACACUGUACUUGAUGAGGGUGUCUUCUGGGUUCAGCUGCAGAACUGAAGAUUCUAAAGCCAAUUUCUUCAGCAAUCACUGCACCUGAAUCAGACAGUGCACUUUUGUCAGACAUUCCUUUCCAAACGGCUAAGAUAAAACUCAACUGUCUUUGAGAAUGUAAGUGUAUCUCCACUUACAAGUACAGAAGAAAAGUGAAAGAUUUUAUUGACAGGAAGAAUUUUGUUGCCAAUCAAUUCAUGCUGUUGCAAAUCUCUUGGAUCCAAGAUUCAAAAGCAGAAAUGUUAGUGAUGAUAGCACUGCUACUGCAUUUGAUUGGAUUAUAAAACAAACACCACACUUAGGACUUGGUGUUGGAAAGGUAGUUUCAAAUGUUGCAGAAUACAGAACAUCUUCAGGUAUUUGGUACAGGAAUGCAGUCUGGGUCUCUGCCAAGCAUAUCGCUCCUGCAACAUGGUGCCAAGGCCUUUGGACCACACAGCCUCCGACUCCUCUUGCUUCUCACCUGCUUCACAUUCCUCCAUCUUCUGCAGCAUGUGAAAGAAAAUGGUCUAUAUUUGGAAAUACUCGCACCAAAGCAAGAAAUAAAUUAACAUGUGAAAGAGUAGAGAAGCUUGUCUCAAUCUGGGCAAACCUUCAAUUUCCAGAAGUCCAUGAAGAUGAUAAAAAUGAAAGAUCAGAAGAAUCAGAAGAAAGUGCUGAUAGUGAUACCUCAGAAAAUGAGACUGAUUAGACAAAGUUUCACGUAGCAAAAUUUGUAUUCAAUGAGUCUUGUUUCCCCCCCUUUUUCUAAAAAUGAGUGAUUUCUGUAUCUGCUUGACACUGUGGAGAUCAAGUCCAGAAUAUAUAAGAACUUUCU